AUCUAGAGAUUCGAAUAACAUUUGAUAAUUUCGUCAUUGGAGUAUAAUAAUUCACAAUCAAGUGUGCUGUGCCUGUGACAAUAUUUACUCAGCUCGUUAUAACAGUGCUGUUAUUCGCACUCGUUGGCAGAACGUUUGGGGUCACUCAGUUGCUAAGUAUACUUCUAAAGAAGAACAUCCAUGUGUCUACCUGCUCUUACGAGGCACAGCUUUCUUUUAUUUGAAACACAUUAGAGUUUUAAGUAAUUUAUUGAUAAAAAAUUAUACAUUCGUUGAAUUUCACUAAUUUGAAUAAUGAAUAUUGCGUGUAUGAAUAACAUAAUCCCUACCCGAAGAAUGGGUUUUCAUGACCGAUCUGAUCGUGAGACUGGGAAGCUCGAAUAUUCGCCUAUGGUAGGAAAAAUGCGAAGACAAGGCCAAGAUGUGAUGCAGGUAAACCUGGCAGGUAUCCGACGGGACAUCAAAAAUCUUGCUCAUAACUAUAGUGACGCGCAGAAAGCAGUGCGCAAGGCCACAAGCAAUGAUCCAUGGGGUCCUAGCAGUACACUGAUGGCAGAAAUAGCUGAUCUGACUUACAACGUUGUAGCAUUUACAGAAAUAAUGCAAAUGCUCUGGAAACGACUUAAUGAUCAUGGAAAGAAUUGGAGGCACGUUUACAAAGCAUUAGUUCUUCUGGAAUAUUUAAUUAAAACUGGCACAGAAAAAGUGGCUCAUCAAUGCAGGGAAAACAUCUUUUCUAUCCAGACUCUAAAAGAUUUUCAAUACAUGGAGGGACCUAAGGAUCAAGGAAUUAAUGUAAGGGAAAAAGCUAAACAGCUAGUAGCAUUAUUGAAAGACGAUGAACGGUUGAGAAACGAAAGAGCACGCGCAUUGAAAGCAAAGGAAAGAUUUGCACAAUCUCUGAGUGGUUUCGGCAGCGAUGGAUUAGAUACGAUGUCUCCGAUGAGUAGCGAUUUUCAAGACUGGGAGCCAUGUCAACUUUCAGAAUCAGCAUCCAAACCUGAGCUGGAAGCGGCGAGACCACAAACCGUUGGCGAAGAAGAACUCCAAUUACAACUUGCUCUUGCAAUGUCUCGGGAAGAGGCUGAACAAGAAGAGCAGAGACGGCGUAGUGAUGAUGUCAGAUUACAGUUGGCUUUGAGUCAGAGUCAGCAAGAUUUCAAAUCACCUCCGUCUGAUAAGCAAAGUCACGUACUCGACUUACUCGAUGUAAACUUAGGAGAGGCAAGUGGCUCAUCUGCUCAGGUUGAUCCUUGGGGUGUUCCUACAGUAGCACCUCCACCGAGACCUCAGUCAUUGGACAUAUCUCAUUUUUACCGCAUGGAGCCACAUACUGAUCCAUGGUGUGUACCGACAAGUAGCGCUUCACCUCCAGUGGAUCCGUGGGCUCCAGUUCCUCCACAAAGACCGACGUCGUCAGCUGCUGCAGUGGAUCCUUGGCGAGCUCCAGUGGUGUCACCAGCAACAGUUGCUCCUCGUCCUGCGGAUCCAUGGGCUCCAUCGCCCGGAGCCGAAGGCUCAGCCCUUGCUUCUCCGUCACAGUCUUUUAAUAAUCCUACCCUUACUCAGAAUAUUGGAUUUACAGCUCAGUCUCCCCAAAAUAUCGGUUUCAAUCUGCCUACGUCAAAUAUUGGCUUUAGCAGUCAGACUAAUGGUUUCAAUGGUAGUGGAAGCGGAUUUAACGAAUUUAGUGCUCAAAACCAACAAAACCCUGUGGCCGGCCCGCUUGGAGAUUUGGAUGAAUUUGACGUUAUCAGUAACAGAGACAAGCUGAGAACUAGUCCGCAACCUAAUAAUGGAGUCAACAAUAACAUGCUAGGAACUGCGAUGUCGCCAGAUCCGUUUGACCUCGGAGGCCUUAGUGAUAAUCUUUCUGCAAGUACGGGAGCUGUUAAGAAAACUCCUCAAUCAUUCCUUGGCGAAAAUUCGGCGCUUGUUAAUUUGGACAACCUUGUUAGUGCCACUGCAGUUAAACCACCUGCUCCGGCACCUACAGCAUUUCAUUGGAAGUAACUUUUGACGGUACCGUAUUUGGCAAAUCCAUUUGCUGCAGCGACACCACCACCUCGUCCAACAAUUAAUCAAAUCCGACAGGAUCCCUGGUCAGGCACUGCAGCAAAUCCAUUUCUUUCGUAGCGCAACUGAGAAUCUAAUGAUUAUGAACCAAUGAUCGAACACAUCGUAUUCUAAAAAAUAGUUGAGAAUAUUAUUAGGAGCUUGGUUAUAGACAAGUUUUAAUAUGAGGUAUGGUAUGGAUUUAUAUAUUGUAUGAUAGGUCAGAACGAACUGAAUUUACUUCGUCAAGCAUAAAAUUUCGGGCGCAACGUUAUUCAAAUUUUCUCAAAUCAUAUACUGUUAUGUAUUGACAUAAUUCGAUCAUGAAAAGACAGGUUACUAUUAUUAUAACCUGGUAUUACUGUUCGAAUUGGUAUAACAUGACUGAUUGUUUUUGAUUUAUACUCAAUAAACUCAUUUGAUAACUUUAUUCAGUAUUCAUAAUCAGUCGCGAUAUUCGUCAAUUCAGUAAUAUUUUGUAGUAAUGAAGGAUGUCAAUUGCAUCUAGCGAGUAGUGUUAUAAUAAGAAGAUUACCUUAUAAAAUAAAACUAUUGAAUCAUUUUAGGCGUGGAACAAGGAAACGAAUUUGGAAAACGUAAUGCCAAGUUUAUAUGCUUUUACAAUAUUAUGGUACAGAUAUGGGAGAGAUGAUUGAUAUUUUAAUACACGUGAUCAAGUCUGCAUCGUGUCAAUUGUAGUUCAGAAGGAGGUGUUUUUUUUUUCGAUGUUAUUCAUUUUAUCCCAAACCUCGGUGAAAUUAUCACUGUUGAAGAAUCAAUUUUUUUUAUUAUUAAUACUUCUGGUUUGAACCGUUGUUACGGAUCGAAAAAAUAAUGAACAUUUGUUGUUCUUCAUUCUCAGAAUUGUUACGCAUAUGAUAAUUGUAACUUUUUUUUCUAUUGGUGUUUGGUAUACAUGGGUGUAAUUAAUACCAUGCAGAUUUGAAACUGAAGAAUUUUUUAGCAAAUGACUUGAUAUAAGUUAGCAAAUAUAAGAUAAAAAAAAAAUCGACUCUCCAGAGCAAUGAAUUAUCUUCAAUUUUGAAAUAUAAAUUGAGAAGCCCAGGUAUAUAAUGUUACGAAAUGAUUUAAUGUAGUAACGGGUUGUAGAAUUGAACUGAAAUAUUUAUUUUACAAACAGUCUGAGGUUUAUGCAUAAGUACGUGUGUGUGUAUAUAUAUUUAUUUAUAUACAUAUAUACACACACACACACAUCCAUACAUACGUAUACACAUAUUAGGGUGAUCCUUAUUUAGGGCUUCGACAAAUUUUUUGUCAUUCAUCCGUCAAAUAUACACCUAUAUAUAUAUACAUAUAUACAUUUGCUUUUUUGGGAAUAAAAUGAGUAUUUACCUACUUCUUUGCAAUUUGUUCAUAAGGAUUUAUUAAUUGAAUGAGAAAAAUGUUUAGGAGAAUAUAUUGCAAAGUAUGUAAAAAUAUCCAACUGAACUAACAUAAUAGGGUCAUAUAAUCUGUCCUGUCCUGACAAAAUUUUAUCGGUUUGUGAAAGCCCAAGUUCAGCGGUUAGACACACAUUUGUCAAUUGUACUGUAGUCUUUAAGAACUUCGGUAAUUUUUACAAUUCAAUUCAUAUCUAAAAGUAAGUAGCCUUGUAAUCGAAGAACGAAUAAAGAAGAUUAUUCAUUUGUCCAUCUUUGGAUUUACUAUUGAACUUGGCCUACUUUCACAAACAUAAAACAAAUAAUAACGAAAAAAAUUAAAAAUAUAUAAGUAAUAAUAUGAAGGAAAACAAUACAAUACAAAGUAAAUCUAACUAAUUUAUUUCUCAUUUAUGAGAUUCACAAUUUUACCUCGACAUGUAGGAAAAAAAGAAUGAAAACUGUAAAUAUGUUAUUGCGUGUUAAUCUCUCAAAACCUUGUUUGUAUAAUUAUUUAAGGUAAAAUAUGAUUUAAUGCAUUGUCAUUUUGCUUUGUAGAAUCGGUGUUUUUGCAAAAGAAUCGAUGUCUGUGAACUAUAGAUGGUGUAUCAUUUUUUGGUUAUAUUCUUUAAAACGCAUGAAACUUGAACAGUAUUUAUUGUGUUGAAUGUUUUUAAUGUGAAGUGACCAGGAUAUGUUUUAUUUUGCAUUUAAUAAUUGAAAAUGUGUAUUAUACCUAUACGAAUUGAAUUUAAAUUUGUUCUACGCUUUAUUUAUAACAGAAUACUUUUUUGUUAGAAUCUUUUACAAAAACAUCGCUUGUAUAUUUCAUAAAAUUGAAUACAAAGAUAACCCUUGAAAUACCAGUCUCCAGAUUUGAAUUCUCAAAUCUACACAUUGUAAACUAUAUGUAUAUCGUUCACCUGUAAUCUUUGAAAUUGGGUGAGCUUAAUACUACUACUCGAUCAAUCAAUUGGUGCAGGUAUAAUAAUCUGUUUUGGUUGCUAUUUUAUAUUUAAGAUUAACUAAAUAAUAAUAAUUAUACGAUUGUACAUUUUAUUGGUGAGUUUUGCUAGUGAUGAAAAUUGUUGUUCACAUAAAAAUGAAGCUGUCGUUGAAGGAAAGACGGGUGUGAAAGUAUUUAUAUAAUCUAAGCAUCGGACGCAUUGCAAAUGAGCGUAUCGAAAAUUUUUUGAUGCGAAUUUGAAUAGUUUUCUAUGAGAUACCAUUACGAUAAAAUGCAUUCGCCUAUUACCAAUUUUUUCUCUAACAACGCCAAUCCUCGUAUAAUUUAGUAAAAUUGCAGAUUAAAUCACUUGUGCUACAAAAAUUCCAGUUAAUUUAGUAGUUCCGUAGCACUGUCAACUAUUUAGGGAAUAUAAAGAAAUGGACGACCAAUCAAUUACGAAUCAAAAAUAUAGCUGUGCCAAGGUUUUAUUAUAUGUAUUCUGAUCAAUAAAAUUUUCAAAUUCAACGUGCAAUAUAAGAUAUUGGUACAUGUACUGUAAGGUAUGGGAAGUGUUUCAAGAUGAUUGAUUUAAAUGUCAAUGUACAUUUUCACUGUGUGAAUUCAUUUUUAUGUGGAUAAGAGAAGCAUAUUUUCAUUAGCUUGUUUGGGUUGAUGAUCAAAGUGCAGUGCGAUGGAAUUAUUAAUGAAAAUGGAUAUUGGAAAUGAAAUUUGAAUAUUACCUAUCAAAUAUUUUAGUAGACUAUAUUAUAUGAGUAUAACUAUUAUUAUAUUUAUUAUUAUUAUGAUUAUUAAUAUUAAUAUUAUCACUAUCACUACCAUUACCAUUAAAUAAACGAAAAAAAUCGCGUUAAGUUUUUAAUUUUACUUUUGUUUUCCUAGCUAUAUAAUUUUUCUAUUACUUCUUAUCAUUGCUCGGAGUUUAUUAUUAUUCAAGGUGAUUUGAUAUUAGUCAGGUGAAAAAACAAUAUUGACGUACUCUCAAAGAAGAGCUCUACGCUUUGUUUCAUCUUGUCACUAAAGAGUCGUAUCAGAGAUUUCAGUCAAGCGAUCGUUGGAAGUGCUUGAACCAUUAGGACGAGAUAUAUUCAGAUCUGGAUUCAAAAAAUUGUACAAGAUGCAAAUUUUUCAAAAAUAGCACAUCCCUUACAUUUUUCCGUGUUUUGGACUGAAUAUUCUUACACAGAACCAGAAAAAUAAUCCGAUUAAUUUUUGGUUUUGGGAUGUUCGGUGCAAAUUGUUUGAUGGCAAAUUAAAAAAAGUAGAACACAUUUAUUUUAACCGUCUUACAUCAAACUCUCUCCUAAAAUGUUCAUUUCAUUGAGGUACUUUAAAUGCCGAGAACACGAGAAGCUUACUUGGUCAGUAGGGGCGGUCAAUCAAACAAGUGAUCAGGUAAAUCACAUUGGAGCAACGUCAAUGUCGUUAUCAAAGUAAGGUUUUGAUAGUUUAAUAUCAGUAAAGUAAGAGAAUCAAAAUGUUCAGUAACGAAAACGAGGUUCUUAUACUAUGCCUUCGAAAUCUUAUUCCUAUGUCAGUUCAUUGCUUCAAUAUGAUUCGUUUGAUCACUCAUCUGGUUUACUGUAAAGCAGUAAUUCAACUGGGCUCAAUCUAUCAUUGGAGCUUGCAGCAAUUCAACCUGUAUAGGUAAAGAUUUGAGUGUAAAAAUGCAAAUAAUAAUUGUAGUGUUUCAUAUUUGAUGUUUACAUCAAAUAUGAACUACCGAUGAAGUUUAAUUCACUAAAAAUAUAUCAUAAAUUUAAAUACGAACACAGUGUUUACUAUACGUCCGAAUAUGCAAAUCAUACAGUGGAAGGUGUUUCAUCAUACUGCCUAACGUUCAUUGUAGAUUCGAAGACUAAACGGACGAUUCUAAAUAAUAAAAAAAAAAAAACUACGAAUCAUUGGUUGAAAAUGUAAUAAAGUAAAUUAAUCACGGUUUACCAAUUCCUAAAGCUAACCACUACUAUGUUGUUUAAGUGUAUAUUUGGAUUUUUGCAUGUACAGAUAGCUAAGGGUAUUCUGUGCGUUACAAUCUAAUUUAACUUUAAGUAGUAAGCGGCUCGUCAUUUAUGAAUGUACUGUUUUGAUAAAACCGUUUUGAAAUACUUUUAUAACACCCAGUGAACUGUGUAACGUUCGAAAAUAGAUUUUCUCUCGUGAUUUGAUUGGAAUUAAUCAUUUAAUUAUUAGCAAUGUCGGAUUCACAGACGCUUGUUUGUAUUUUCUGUAAGUAAAGUUAAGUUUAUUUGGAGUUUAUCUAUAACAUAACUUCAGAUCGCUUGUAGGAAUGAUUCUAAAUAUAAUUAAACAAAAACAGACUUGAACAGAUAGCUUAUGUAUAUUUUUUCAUCCAAAUUGAUAGUCGUCGAAUUGAUGUUGUAAAAAUGUUUCGUCUAGUAUAAAUUAAAAUAUUCAGUGAAGUUACUCAGACUUAAAAAAAUGUAGAGAUAAGUUUGCGGAUUCCAUUUUAGAAAUGAACAAUAUUUUCUUUAUCAGGUUCUUCAACCGGAAACAAUUAUAAAUCUGAUGAAAAGUAAUUUAUUAAGUUAUACUUGUACGGUACAAUACAAUUCUACAUUUGUGAAAAAGAAAAUGUAAUAAUUUAUACUUAACAAUAUGAAUAGGGGAUCCCACAAGAACUUGCCUUAAA